GUACCAGCUGCCUUGCCGCACUCCAUGUCUUGUCUGUGGUCACCAACGACAACGGUAUUGCAACAUUCUAUCUUCCAUUGGUUACAAAUAUGCAACACUGGAGCAGGGUCUGGCUUUAUUGGCUUGAAAUCCCUCGUCAAGAUCUAAACAAUAUUGUUUGUUUUAAUUAUAAGAAAAUUGUUUUUAUUUAAUUAUGGUUAACUACAAUUGUCAUUAUUAAUAGGCUGCAUAAUCGGCCAACAUGUUUACAUCCAUUACCACCCAAUUCGCUCAAAACAUCGAGUUUCUGCUUGUUUUUUAAGGUAGUAAUAUAUAUAACCAUUCAGCACAGCAUUUUCACAUUGGUACUACCUACACUGGACCACUGGUACAGAGAGUUUUAGUAUAUACUUUAAUCAAUAUAUAGGAAAAACCCUCUAAAAGAACAAUACUCACAUGAGAAAAGAUCUUGCCAUCCUGAAAACGAGGUUUUAAGUGUUUUAAAAACAGCUCGACGGCUUUGUGGUCGUUCCUGGUUACAAUGGCCAACUUUAUUCGAUUUUCAUGAAAUAUCUCCAACAUCUCAUCAACUCCUGGUUGCAAUGCAAACUUUUCUCGUCCUUCAGCUUCAAAUUCCUCUAAAAUACGUAACAUUUCUUGCUUUUCUGCUGCACUUUCUCGCUUCUCUACGCUAGCUAGUAUAUCGUCUGUGUGCGAAACAUUGAAACGUUUCAGCCUUUCUCUCAGUACAGCAAAGUUUAAAACUGGAACGGUCAGGGUGCCAUCCAAGUCGAAAAUUACUCCAAAUAUUGGCACCAUUUUUCGUAACGAACCGUUCAGGACGUAAGCAAACCGGUUACAUGCCAUUUUAGCGGAAAAAAGUGAGAGAAAAGGUGAUUUUUUGAAGUUUUUAAUCCUUUUAUAUAAACUUUCUGUAAAAUUUGUGACUUUUCACGUUGUUUUAUUUUGGUGCCAGCGAUAUUUGGGCCAGCUACAGUAUAUAUGAAAUACUUUAUGUUGCAUUCUUCGUACUAUCACCGCCAACUUUUUUAUAAAAACUCGCUCUUAGCCAAUGAAAAGCUUUAAUUUUUUAACAAAACGGCCAAUAAGACGAGAUCACCUGAAUAGUUUUAGUGACCACAGGCCUAUAGAUGCAUGGAAUUGAAUGGUAGUUUUUGUCUCGAGGCCAAAAGAUCAUUUGCUGGUUUUGGGUAAUAGGCCAAUAGGCUGUCCAGGGUCAAGGGCAUGGGUUUUUCCGGAAAACUUUAAAUUUGGGAAAUCGAGAUGGCUAUUUCCUGCGUUCUCAGCGUGAAAUUAUGUUUUCGUUUUGUUUUAAAUCCUAGCAGAAAUAUUCCUAUACUUAGAGAACAUUGCAAUAUAACUACACAUUUGGGGUUUGCCAAUUAAUCGACAUGUCAUUUUCCCUAAAAACUCGAAAGCUAUAAAUUGUAGAAUUCGUUGAAUAUUAUUAAAAUAUUAAAGAGGCCAUUGGAUGACCCCUGCAACGCCCUGGCUUACGUAUAAACAUCAUUCAUCGCUUUAAUGACAUAUUGUAAAGAUAAAUACCACUCUACUGCCCGUGGUCAGAUCACGCACAAUUGAAUAGUGUAUUGUUGUCAGUCAAGACUUAAAAGUACUGGUCGCUUCACAAUGGCUAGAUACACACUCUACAUAUACGUCGCUAUAUGGCUGUCUUCGCUCGUUUAUGUGAUACAGGGAGAUAUAAAUGCCGGAAAUAUAUCUCAAUUCCAUUUUAGCUCAGAGAGACUUGGUUGUGAGAGUGUUUCCAGCCAAUAUGUUUGCCCAGCUACUGCACUCAGCCCCGACCUUGCGCUUGACUACGAAACGGACGCAGAUUUGUUGAAUCUUACACUAGAGGAUAUUAAAGCGAACAACGCCAGUCAAGAAUGUAUUUCAGCGAUAACCACGACGCACUGUUCAGGUUUUACACCUCGUUGUUUUGUGAACGGGAGCAGAGAUUAUGGUGACGCACGAAACGCGUGCUGGAAAGCGAAUAGAACAUGUCCGGUGGACAGCAUUGAAGAAGGGUUGUGCGAGUCCCUUAAAGUAGGCCUACAGCCACUCAGCGCUUGUGUGAAACCUUCCAAACCGAUCAAUGGAAGUUGUCCGCAACCGAAAUUCAAGGUAGGGGGCGAUUAAAAUGACAUAACUGCGCUCAGUAUGAUAGGCUAUAACUAUUUUAAUUUAAUAUACAUUAAACGCGCUGUUGCGCCAUGUUUUUUACACACAGCACAUAACACGAGCGGUCGUGUUGAAAACACGAGCAGGCGGAUCUCGUUAUAUAUCUUAUACAACACGAUUUACACGAACAUAAUUGCUGUAAAGUGUGUUGAAAACAUGCCUAUUCUUCAAUUAUCAUUAAGAGCGCGGAGAUUAGAACGCAACCAAAUUUGGUAUGAUUGUUUCCUUAAAAAUUUUCAACGAAAGGUUUUUCAUCGCGUUUUUUUCUCGACUUGUGCAUAUUUAUGAUAGCAAGAAUCUAUCAGAACUCCUGCAUUUUUCAGCCUACUGCUUACAAAGAAAAAUCAGAUCACUGAAUGGGCUUUCCAUGAACUUUCCUACAUACUGAACGUAAUUGCUUAUAUAUUUCUGAAGCAUGACAUGGAAAGAUAAUUUUAUCUCAAACACUAUUAACCGUGAAUAUGGAGGCACAAAUAUAUUGACUAUUGUUAUUAGUUAUUUUGUAUAAGAUAAUAUUUGUUUUGAUGAUAUUUGAAUACCGCCAUAUUUCUAAAUCUACAAACAUGAUAUUUUUGUACUUUGUUUAUGUUAUCCUUAAUCGUAUUUCAAAAUGAAAAUAACACGUCAAUAAUCAGUAACCACAAGCGCAAGGCGAAGAAAACUACUUGACAACAAAAGUGAAUUAAAACCAUCUAUUUAUAUCAUCUGUAAAGGCCGAAAUUGCCUAAGCAUAUUUCCGCACAAUCUAUCGUCGACACAGUAGCGUUCCAAUUUUAUCGAUGGUAAACUGGUAAAGGUCAAUUUAGCAAAGGCAACUACUUCACUACAAAAUGGGAUUAAUGUCGUUUCAUGACGAAAAACCUUUAUAAAGACUUAACCACAUUUCAACGACAUCUUUUGUCGAUAGAGUGUUUUUGGUUUUGCAAGCAUUCCAGUUGUGUGUGAAGAUCAAUUACACAAGCUGACCUGAUGAGAUUAGAUAAAGUAUACAACCAAGUAAAACUCAUAUAUAUUUUAUUUUUAAUGUGGUCACGUAUAGUUUCGCCCUUCCUGACGCGCAUCCUUCAUUUCCUAUUUCUCUGUUCCUCCUACGUUUGUCGGUGUUCUAUAGUUUAACCUUGAGAAACGUUUUGUAUCAGAGAUACUGAUGACAAAUUUGGAAUUUAAAGCAUUUGGUUAUUAAUUGUUGUUUGUCAACAUAAAAAUCCCAGCAAUAUACCAAGCUUGGUUUCCAUAUGGUCGUAACGGUCGUAAAGAUUGAGUCACGAUCUUUCUCAUCAGCCGAAAUACAACAUUUGAGAACUGAAAAUACGCGGAGUGAUUAUAACUAGAGAAUACUUAUGAUUUAUAUGUGGUUUACAGGUAAAAACUAUCAGAAACUGGCCGUUGAGAAAGAUCAUGACUCUAUUUUUACGACGAUAUGGAAAUCAGACAUCAACAACCUUGAAAUGCUCAUUGAUAGUCCAUGAAGAAAACACAAAAGAAAUCAUGACGUUUGGAGAUUGUAAUUAAUACAAAAUCAUUCUGAUUUACAUAAAUAGCAUAUGUAUAUACCAAAAAACAUUCCCGUAACAUAAUAAAAAAUUCCAAGAAAUAAUUAUACCAGCGUAAUAGUCAUAGGAAUCAAGAUGUAGAUCAAGUAUUUAUUCUAUAGAGCACCGUUUCUCAGAUUUUCGUACUUAAAAUUUCAAGGACAAGGGUACAAUAUAAUCGCAAAGCUAUAAUAUAUAUAAGACAACUUUAUCUCAAUAUUUUAGAUGCCUGAAGACAAACUGGACUUAUACAUCACGUCAUCAAAAGGAUACGAAGAUAGUGGCUAUUUUGAAAACCUCACGACAGCGCGCUUUCCUAACGGUAGCCGGAUGUUUUCCAACGAAUGCGUCUCAAAAAUCAAAGAACUGUAUUGCCUGCCGUUUUACUGCUCAACGAAUGAACAACAGAUUGUAGUCGAAUAUACGUAUGAAGACUGUGACGAUAUUUUUUAUAAAUGGUAAGAGGCUGGUUACUAAUGGGAGGAAUGUUUAUAUGAACGUCAAUACUCAAUAGGCGAGUUUCACCACAUUUUUGUCACAGAAUAACAUAUAUCAUAUACAGUUAUCAGAAUUAGUAAUGUUAAUUCUGUUAAGUCAUAUCAAUGCAUGCGCAGCCCAUUUUAUCUCAUUCAGAAGGCGAGUCCUGGUAUUGGAUAAACAUCGGAGGGAAAUGCUUUAAAUAACUUCAAAUACAAAUACACACUGUAAUGUCACUUUGUAGGCAGAAAUUCUACAAAUUCUACAGCUCUUCAACUUCAAGUGUAAAUUUUAGUUGCCGAUAUGGUUCGUUUUAGUUCAGAAAUUCGAAGCUAAACGUCAGUUCCAGUCUCUUUUUAUUGUUAUCUGCGCGGUUAACACGAAGCUCACUUUCGGAUUCGAGUUCUCGCUUUUCCGACCUUUUCACUUUUCGGAUUCGAGUUCUCCCUUCAGAUAUUUAUUUAUUUAUUUAUUUAUUAAACAGGAAGACGGUUCAGGAACACUAACACAGCGUGAGCCAAUUACGUUAGUGACCUGUUACAAAACAAAUGUAUACAAAACUUCGCAACUUAUAAUUGAAAUAUCAAACAAGAAUAUAGUAUAAUCCUUUUUAUCCGAAGUAGAGAGAGAGCAUAAAAAUUUCAAUAUAUAUAUAUAAAGAUAUGGAGGUCACUGGGACAACCACAUCUCUUAGCUUUUUGUGUUUUUGUUUUUCAGUUUUGGUACAGCGCUUGCCGAGCUAUACGAAGGACCAUUAAAAGAAGCUAUUUAUGAUCUUCAAGAUAGAUAUGACAACUGUGGAUUCUAUCCUUAUGCCAUUGACUCAUCCGGUACGGGCUCUGGAACCCCACCUGUAGAUAUACCUACAUCCCAAAGCAUGUCAACUGCACCCCCUGGAAACAAUGUGUCCAAAACCACCCAGAAAGAAAUACCAUCCACAACCCCUCUCAUGGAGAAUACAACAUCUACCACCCUUGAUCAAAAUAUUUCCACCACCCCCGGACAAAAUAUAUCCACCACCCCCCGGGAGAAUAGAUCUACUACACUCCCGGAAAUGACGACAUCACAGCCUGAAGAUACUAAAACAUUUACCACUCCGAAAAAUGUGGAGUUUUUUAGGACUCCUUCCCCAACAGGUGGUAAUGAACGCCGCCAAAAUGUCCCAACUUUGCUGUUGUUUUUCUUGCUCGUUUUAGUUCAUAUAAAUAUGUAGUUUCAUAAGUGGCUUUCAUCAAGCACUAUCGUGUAACAGAUGAUGGUCGAGAAAAUAUUGUUAAUUCUUAUAAUAAAUAUGUACCAGCCAUGCAUGUAUUUGAAGGCAAAUAAAUGAGAGUGAUUUAGUUUCAUUUUCUUGCCUAUACAAGUUGACUGCUGUCCCGCGCAGUUCUCACUGAAAUCCACCAACACGUGAAUUUUCCACAAGACAUUGCAAUGUAAAAUAAUGUAUUUUAAAAACAUCACAGUAGCUGUGAAGAAGUAUAAAGUAGAUACGACCGUGGCUUAUUCUUCUCAAAUGUUUUGUAGUCAUAGACUUUUACUGCAUGUGCAAAUGUAAUCACGUGUAACUUUGUACGUUGAUUUGUAAGUUGUAUGAUAGUAAGGCCUGUUUCGAACGUCGCGCUUCUCAUGAGCCGAAUGCUUUAGAAAUAAUAGAUAAUGAGGCACACUUCAGUUGAUUAUUUAAUAAACGAGCAGGAGUGUUUUAUUAGGUUUAAAGCCACGAGCGCGCAGCGCGAGUGGCUUUAGACCUAAUAAAACACGACCUGCGAGUUUAUUAAACGGCUUCAAACACGACUACAAAUUCAAUAGAUAUACUGCCUCAUUAGUAUUCUUUAUAUAAAGAACACUAAUGAGGACACGACUACAAUAGAUACUGCCUUAUUAGUAUUCUUUAUAUAAAGAAUACUGAUUAGGAGUGUUUUAUCAGGUUUAAAGCCACUGCACGUGACAUAUUAUGGUUGACAUGGUUUGCCAAUAAGCUUAUGAAUUAUUAAUGAGUGUUUGAACUAUUGUUUUUAAUGCGUUCGGCACACGUUUGAAACAGGCCUAAUAGUGUAUUUAUGUAGCGUAGAGCUUAACUUAGAACUCCGCUUGUCCUGUUGUAUACGCAAUCAAUCAUGCAGUUCUUACUGUAAUUGGAAAAUUAUUAAAAUAAAUAUUAAAAUGUUUGUUUCAAAAGUUGUGUUUACAUCCUGUGUGUCAUUAACGAGAUGAGAUGAAAUACAAAGACCAUAUAUUUAAAUUAUCUCACUAAACAACAUCCACGUACUUUAUGACUUUUAAAGCCAAAAAAUAAACAUUUUAAUUUUACAGUUUUUGUGAAAACAAAAUAGGAAGCCUUUAUACAGAUUUCUGAGACGUCACAUAAUUUACCUACCGGAGUCAUUGAAUGAAAUUCAGCGAAGUAAUAUGAGCAAUGUGAAAAUAUGUUUCAGGAUUUUCGUUUCACGAAAAGUACAGACAUUUAUGUCGAUGGAAGUGAUUGUUCUGUGUUGUUGUUCACUUCAAUGGGCGUUUGCGCGAUUCACGGACCAUCAUACAUAUUGUACACCUUUACAUAACGUCACAAAUGAGUCAGAACAAUGACACAGAAUACUGGCUUUUCCUAUGAUUUUGGCGUAACCGUAAUUCGUCAUCAAAAUGCUGACGCCAUAUAGUCCCAGGCAGUGCGCUUACGAGAAGCUUCCCCCCUGAUAAUAUUCAAAAUGCGGACGUCCAGGGGGGUGAAUACCUCUGAUAAGCGCACUGGCAAUCCACCAGCCUUUUAAGCAUGUUAAACUGUUUCAGGAAUGGUUUCUUAGAAGUAAACCUUUAGACAGUGAAUUAAUGCUGUAAAAUAAACGACCCACUCUUUAGUUUGUAACGGGAAUUUUUGGCGACGCAACGUUAUAAAAUGUCACACAACGCGUACUCACGGUUCGACGAACUUUCAUUCUUUCCAACAUGAAGUACACAAGACGCCUCGAACGUGAUCAAUUCUUGCUUACAUGAAGUAUUCAGGAUGUUCCAAAAUGCGCUUGGUCGUACUGUAUGACAAGUUUUUUAAUGUGGUUUAACUUUGGGUAUAAAUAAUUCAGUCUUUGACGAUCUUUUGUCCAUCGCUCCUGAAAUAUGACAAAAAAAAUGAAAUAAGAACGACUCCCAUUUUUACCAAAG